AUGGUCCUAAAUCAGGACUUAGAGCGUUUGUCUAGAGAGAAAACGCUCGGCAGUGUCUGUGCGUGGGGUGGGGAUGGGGGACAGGUUCCGGGAGAAGGGCAAAAGCUAGCGGCGCGGGCGGUCUCCUCGGGGAAGCCGUCCCACCUGCUGCCUGGGAGCCCGCCGGGGAGGGGCCGCAGCCACGCGCCCGCGCGCCCACCCCGCCCCUGCCCGCAGCGCGGCCCCGCCAGCCGGGAGUUCCCGCGAGCUGCCCCGCGCCCCAGGCGCGUGGGGGGCCGUUCGGUUGGAGGCAGGGAACAGCCGGGGCACCAAAAUAGGAGCCGCUUGUGGGCUGGAGCUGCACUAGCAGGCAGCCUCCGCCGCGCCUCUUCCAAAGAUGGUCAGAGGGUCCGGAGGCGCCCCCGCCCCCGCUCGCCGCUAGCCCGCUGGCCCGCAGCGCGACCCGGAGCCGCCGCCGGAGCCAUGGCUCUAAAAGGACAAGAAGAUUAUAUUUACCUUUUCAAGGAUUCGACGCAUCCAGUGGAUUUUCUGGAUGCAUUCAAAACAUUUUACUUGGAUGGAUUAUUUACUGAUAUUACCCUUCAGUGUCCUUCAGGCAUAAUCUUCCAUUGUCACCGAGCUGUUUUAGCUGCUUGCAGCAAUUAUUUUAAAGCAAUGUUCACAGCUGACAUGAAAGAAAAAUUUAAAAAUAAAAUAAAAAUCUCUGGCAUACAACAUGAUAUCUUGGAAGGCCUUGUAAAUUAUGCAUACACGUCCCAAAUUGAGAUAACUAAAAGAAAUGUUCAAAGCCUGCUUGAAGCAGCAGAUCUGCUACAAUUCCUUUCGGUAAAGAAAGCAUGUGAGCAGUUUUUGGUAAGGCACUUGGAUAUUGAUAAUUGUAUUGGAAUGCACUCCUUUGCAGAAUUUCACGUGUGUCCAGAACUAGAGAAGGAAUCUCGAAGAAUUCUAUGCUCAAGGUUUAAGGAAGUAUGGCAACAAGAAGAAUUUCUGGAAAUCAGCCUUGAAAAGUUUCUCUUUAUCUUGUCCAGAAAGAAUCUCAGUGUUUGGAAAGAAGAAGCUGUCAUAGAGCCAGUUAUCAAGUGGACUGCUCAUGAUGUAGAAAAUCGAAUUGAAUGCCUGUAUAAUCUACUAAGCUAUAUCAACAUAGAUAUAGAUCCAGUGUAUUUAAAAACAGCUUUGGGCCUUCAAAGAAGCUGCCUGUUAACCGAAAAUAAGAUCCGAUCUCUCAUAUACAAUGCUUUGAAUCCCAUGCAUAAAGAGAUUUCUCAGAGGUCCACAGCCACAAUGUAUAUCAUUGGAGGCUAUUACUGGCAUCCUUUAUCAGAGGUGCAUGUAUGGGAUCCUUUGACAAAUGUUUGGAUCCAGGGAGCAGAAAUACCAGAUUAUACUAGGGAGAGCUAUGGUGUUACAUGUUUGGGACCCAAUAUUUAUGUAACCGGGGGUUACAGAACGGAUAACAUAGAAGCUCUUGACACAGUGUGGAUCUAUAACAGUGAAAGUGAUGAAUGGACAGAAGGCUUGCCAAUGCUCAAUGCCAGGUAUUACCACUGUGCAGUCACCUUGGGUGGCUGUGUCUAUGCUUUAGGUGGUUACAGAAAAGGGGCUCCAGCAGAAGAGGCCGAGUUCUAUGAUCCAUUAAAAGAGAAAUGGAUUCCUAUUGCAAACAUGAUUAAAGGCGUGGGAAAUGCUACUGCCUGUGUCUUACAUGAAGUUAUCUACGUCAUUGGCGGCCACUGCGGAUACAGAGGAAGCUGCACCUAUGACAAGGUCCAGAGCUACAAUUCAGAUAUCAAUGAAUGGAGCCUCAUCACCUCCAGUCCACAUCCAGAAUAUGGAUUGUGUUCAGUUCCAUUUGAAAAUAAGCUCUAUCUAGUUGGUGGACAAACUACAAUCACAGAAUGCUAUGACCCUGAACAGAAUGAAUGGAGAGAGAUCGCUCCCAUGAUGGAAAGGAGGAUGGAGUGUGGUGCCGUCAUCAUGAAUGGAUGUAUUUAUGUCACUGGGGGGUAUUCCUACUCAAAGGGGACAUAUCUUCAGAGCAUUGAGAAAUAUGAUCCAGAUCUUAAUAAGUGGGAAAUCGUGGGUAAUCUUCCAAGUGCCAUGCGGUCCCAUGGGUGUGUUUGUGUGUAUAAUGUUUGAUUAAGUCCAUAGAAAUGACCAAGUAAUCACUGUUUCAGGGUGUAG